UUUCCAGUGCCUACUGUUUUGACGUGCUGCGCCGAAUUCAUCGAGAAUCAUGGCUUGGUGGACGGUAUAUAUCGUCUGAGCGGCGUGACAUCGAACAUUCAGAGAUUACGAAACGCGUUCGACGAGGAUCGUGUUCCUGCAUUGCAUUCCGAUGAAAGUAUUCUACAAGAUAUUCAUUCUGUAGCGUCGUUGUUGAAGAUGUACUUCAGAGAACUACCGAACCCGCUCUGUACGUACCAGCUUUAUUCUACUUUCGUUAGCGCGGUUCAGGCUAGCACCGACGCGGAGAGAUUAAGGCGGAUGAGGGACACCGUUCGAAAAUUACCACCGCCGCAUUACAGAACGUUGGAGUACCUUAUGCGUCAUUUAGUGAGAGUGGCAGCUCGAGGAGCGGAGACUGGCAUGACGCCGCGUAACGUCGCCAUUGUUUGGGCACCGAAUCUGCUGAGGUGCAAGGAACUGGAGGUUGGCGGUGUAGCAGCGUUGCAGGGCGUCGGUGUACAGGCGGUGGUCACGGAAUUUCUGGUCUGUUACGCCGAGUUGAUAUUCGGCGACGGCCCGGUCGGGCGGCCAAAGUCGCUGGCCAUUACAACGCCGGCGAGAUUGCUCAGCUUGGAAGAGGCACGGAACCGAAGUUUAAGAGGCGAGCCUGAUUACGUGGAAGUGGGCGCCGGUCCAGCCGGGCUGCCGCUGCAUUACCAUACGGUCAUAGAAUUACCGCGAAAGAGAAACGGCUCGAAGCGUUCACCCUCGUUGAACUGGAGAGCUUUGUUCGGCCGAGGUGGCCUGGGUGCCAGAGGGAAAACAAGACAAGUUGGCACGCCACCUCAAACAGAAACGGUGCCAAGUUCCUUAAACUCGCUGCGACGGCUAAGACCGGUGAAAAGCGCGGACAGUCUGGACGGUGAGGACAGUUUAGGUCCUCUGUUAGGACCACCACCAGCUAGACCCUGCGGGCACAGUCGAUCAGUCUCGCAUGAUUCGUAUUUCGAUCAUUUAGCGGACGCGCCGAAUGCCGCGUCGCCGUUGGAUCUCUCGGAAAUUCAGCUUAACUUCGACCUAGAGGAACGAGAGAUGAGAAUGUUCUCGGAGGAGGAGAGCGGGGGCGUGGCGUCGGUGGAGGCGUCGCCGCGGCGUCAGAGGACCGAGGGAACGCAGAAUACUGCUGCCACCGGUGGUUCCAAGAGAAAGAGAUCGCGAUUAGAGGAAAGACUGCAGUGCGACGUUGAGUUGCGCUUCAUUGAUAGCCAAAGUCCUGAUCAGGUGAUGGUGUCGGCAGAUGUUCACAGCAUGGAUACCCCAUCCCCUUUGCCAACGCCAGGGUACCUUCCAUUAUUAUCCGAGGCUUCGACCCCACUCACACCGGCAACGCUACACGGAACACCGCAUUCCGCAUCACCUGUACCAGCUAACAGUCCUAGGAUAAGUUUCCGAAGUUUCACUCUACCUUUAGAGAUCGACGACGAGCAGAGCAACGCGAACAAAUUGAACAGAGCUAGCGUGUCUUCCGAUAAAUCAUCCGACCCUAGUCAUAGGUUAUCCGUAAACUUAGAUGGGCAGGGCAACGCCAAAUCCUGCGAGAGGAUAAUGACGUACGACAAGCACGUUGAUUUGUACGACGACAAAGAGUCUUCCAAGGCUCAGAAGACUUCGAAGGGAUCGAACAUAGUUGUAUCGGACGUAGUCGACCAAGACAUGAUGCCUUGCGACAGGCUAAUGUCACAUCCUAGCGAGAUAGAGCCUAGUAAAAUAACGAUAUCCCCGUGUAACAAUAAAGACGUAGAAAAUAGGUGUUGUCCGAACUCGUGUCCCGUCGACGAUAACAAGUCGCACGGCGAUUGCGGCAGGGACACGUUGGACGUGAGAAAACACGACGCAUCGAUCAACAACAACAACAAGUCGGUCGCAGUCGGUUCGCAGAACGACCACGCCAUGGCUGGGAAUUCAAACGGACACAGAAACGAGUUGCCAGGACUGGCAUUAUCCAGCGCCACCGAUCUCGACUCGCCGAUGUCUUGCGAGCAGACGAUCGAGGACCUGCCUGACUCCGGCUUCGUCAUUUGCGACAACUCCGACAAGAUGUUCACCAAUACGGAAACGUCGCAGAUGAUGUCGAACACCAACGAUUCCGGUGAAUGGGUGAUAGUGGAGACAACUGGCUCGAUCACCACGCCGACCAGCGAGUCAAGCAGCUCGAAGGAUCCUCUGGAGGGGACGGUGAACAACGCGAUCGCGACCGACGCGCCUCAAUUAAGGUCGAUGUCGGAGAACGUUUCCAGAACCUCGUUGGAUCUCACUAUGGGCUCGACGGUGGACACAGACACGUCGUGCAUCGGCGUCAGCGACUUGACCGAGAGUCCUGUUCUUCCUCAGGAAUCAGCCGAGAUGACGUUCGACGUUGCUGACAACAGAGAGCUCGACGAACGCGACACCGCCGCGCAGAUAUCUUCUAGAGCUUUCGACGAGCAAACCGGCUUCGGAAUGGUGAACUCUGGCGGCAGUAACUUUCCAAGCAUCGUUCACUCGCCCGUGCACGACCAGGACAACGGGAAUCAGAAAAUGCGCGCCAUCGGUAUGACGGACGUUCGUCCGAGUGCGAAGCCUGGCGAAAUGGUGCACGAGGUCACCGCUUGUUACGCGCAGCUGGACAACACCGAGGCGUUCAACAGGAACGAGAAUCCAGCGAAGGAAGAUGAAAGAACGGCGGAUGAGGAAACAUUCGACAACUCUCAACGCUCGUCGAAAAGCCUCGACUUUCAGCAAAAGGACGUCCGACGUUCGUUGCAACUUCAUCAGAAGCCGCCGUAUCAAGCGAGCGAUCGGCGCUCGUUCACCGUUGCCCAGUCGAAGAAGAGCCAGGACGUAGACCUCUCGUCGCCCGGUACCGAGAGCGGCAAGCAACAAUAUAGCUGCCAGGGCCAAAAGCCAGAAAAGUGCCAAAGCUUCGAAUACAAAGUUUCACCAAAGGAAUCAGGCCAGAACAGCCAACAGCACAAGGAGCCUUCCAAGUGUAACAGCGUGAAGAACAGUCAGCUGCAAGAGCAGAUCGAGGUAGUGAUACCGUCGGAGAACGCCGCUGAAGCCAGUGAGAUAGCUCAUCCGCCAGAGGGCGCGUCCGAGACAACGUCGUUGAACUCGUCCUGCACGUUCUCGAACGCAUCGUCACCGGUGGACGACUCGAUCGUUCUCCGAGACACGGCCGCUAUACUUCAAGAGCUGGCGUUGCAGAGAUUGUCCGGCGGUAUCGUGAGCGAUCUGUCCGUUCCACCGCGAAGGCGAUACGAGACGGAGAGUAGCAAAGAUCGGAGGAGCUUCGACUCGGAGAUCGGCCGGGAGAUCGUUCGCGAGAGGAAGAUGAGGCAGGAGCUGGAUUCUGCCCGAGGGAAGUCGGAGGAGCCGCCGGUGAACAACACGCAGCAUCUGCCGCCCUGUUUGAGAGCACGCCACGCGAGAGCAACGCGAGCAUCUCUCAGCAGGUCGCUGGACGAGGCCAAGUUCAACAAAAUGACGGAGGAAGCUUCGCUGCCGGUGAAACAGGCCUCGGACGACGCUCAGCACAGCUCCACGCCCAACGUCGGCACUGGCUCGAACAGUUCAACCGGCAAUCCCGACAAGGCCCACCUGAAGAACCUUGGCGGCCUAGACCUCGGCGAUCCACAGUGCAGAGAGAGGAUAGAAAAGUACAAAGAGGAGAGGAGGACGUUCUUGAGGGACAAGUACAGAUCGGAGAGUUUCCGGGGGGGCAUGUUGUCGAAGACGGAGGACGACGGGGAGCAGGCGCUUCUUGCUAGGUUAAAGCAGAGAGCCUCCAGGCCCUCCCUUCAUUGAUAUUAAACUAAUGUUUAUGGAAUACCGUUCUGUCAAAACCUUUUCCCCCUCGCCUCCCGCGUUUGAACACAAUUGAACACAAUUGUCGGAUCACAAUUGCGCCGCGCGGUCGAACGACGAUGCAACAAAACGCGUCGUUUUGCGUUUAACCCUUUGCUCUCUCUCUCUUUCUCUCUCUCUCGACGUUUCUUAGAACUUUUUCGAACGUUUGUUCUCUCUCGUUUGUUUUUUCCUGUUUUUCAAAUUCGCAGGAGAGGAACACGGUAACUCGAACUUCGCUACGUUUAUUGACACGAUUAUAUUAUUGUUCUCUUUUUUUUUUUGUCUUUUUAUUUCAUUUUUUUUGGAAUGAAACGUAAACGUUGGUUUGCGUCUUAGAUUAAUCUUGGAGCGUGAAGGGUUAAAUCGAUUGGAACGGGAAAAAAAGAGAGAAAGAGUUUGCUUUUGAAAAAGAAAAUGAAAUCGGAGGUUCUUUUUCUUUUUUUUUUUUUUU